AUGGUCAGCUCGAAACACGACCUCACGACGGCGCUCGACACCUUCCGCCUCUCUCGGGCUGAAGCAGAGUAUGGCCCUGCUGCGUAUUCUCUUCGUGCCUACAAUCUCGUCUUGCCGGACACGGUACUUGCGCGGCUUGUUGAGUGUGCGAGCGUAAAGAAGAUAGGGUCUCUGGAUGACAUCAAGCGAGAGACGAAGUGGCCGGCGAGCAAGGCUGAGAAGUAUGGGGGUGUGGUGUUAGAGAUCCUUCUACGACUCGAGGAUAUCAGUCACUUUCCACUGGCACCUCCAAUGACCACGACACCGCUUGCGACACGUACACUAGGUAGCAGUUGUAACUCAGGCGAGAACAGCAAGAAGUGUCCUCGAAACGCGCCACACCCUGGUCAAGGCUAG